AUGUGGAAACUGAAGAUCGCCGAGGGAGGUAGCCCGUGGCUCAGAACCACCAAUAAUCACGUCGGAAGGCAGUUUUGGGAGUUCGAUCCGAAGCUCGGGACGCCUGAGGAACUCGCCGACAUCGAGGAAGCGAGGAAAUCGUUUGCUGAGAACCGAUUCGUGAAGAAACAUAGCUCCGAUCUGCUUAUGCGCCUUCAGUUUUCCAGAGAAAACUUGAUCGGCUCAGUUUUACCUCAAGUCAAAGUCAAAGAUAGUGAUGAUGUUACAGACAAGACGGUGGAAAACACGUUAAAGAGGGGUGUAGAUUUCUACUCAACGAUACAGGCGCAUGACGGGCACUGGCCAGGAGAUUAUGGCGGUCCUAUGUUUCUUCUACCAGGACUGAUAAUCACGCUUUCCAUUACUGGAGCACUGAAUACAGUAUUGUCAGAACAACAUAAACAUGAAAUGCGCCGUUAUCUCUAUAAUCACCAGAAUGAGGACGGAGGUUGGGGUCUACAUAUUGAGGGCCCCAGCACCAUGUUUGGGUCUGUCUUGAACUAUGUUACUCUGAGGUUGCUUGGAGAAGGACCUAACGAAGGAGAGGGAGCUAUGGAGAAAGGGCGAGAUUGGAUUCUAAAUCAUGGUGGCGCUACCAAUAUCACAUCUUGGGGGAAAAUGUGGCUAUCUGUACUUGGAGCUUUUGAAUGGUCUGGAAAUAACCCACUGCCACCUGAGAUAUGGCUUCUUCCGUAUUUUUUGCCAAUCCAUCCAGGAAGGAUGUGGUGUCAUUGUCGGAUGGUGUACUUGCCAAUGUCGUAUUUGUACGGAAAAAGGUUUGUGGGUCCCAUAACGUCCACUGUUUUAUCACUGAGGAAGGAGAUUUUCACUGUACCAUAUCAUGAAGUCGACUGGAAUGAAGCACGCAACCUUUGUGCAAAGGAGGAUUUAUACUACCCACACCCACUUGUGCAAGAUAUUCUUUGGGCAUCACUUCACAAGAUUGUUGAGCCUGUUCUAACGCGAUGGCCUGGUGCAAAUUUGAGAGAAAAGGCUCUGAAAACCACAUUAGAACAUAUUCAUUACGAAGAUGAGAAUACACGGUACAUCUGCAUAGGACCCGUGAAUAAGGUAUUAAAUAUGCUUUGCUGUUGGGUAGAGGACCCAAACUCAGAGGCUUUUAAGUUGCAUCUACCAAGAAUCAAUGACUAUCUCUGGUUAGCUGAAGAUGGAAUGAAGAUGCAGGGUUAUAACGGAAGCCAGCUUUGGGAUACGGGUUUUGCUGUCCAAGCUAUUCUGGCAACCAACCUUGUCGAAGAAUAUGGAACCGUGUUGAAAAAAGCACAUUCAUAUGUCAAGAAUUCCCAGGUAUUAGAGGAUUGCCCUGGAGAUCUGAGUUACUGGUAUCGCCAUAUUUCUAAAGGGGCUUGGCCUUUCUCAACUGCAGAUCACGGUUGGCCUAUCUCCGAUUGCACAGCAGAAGGACUUAAGGCUGCUCUUUUGCUAUCUAAAGUUUCCAAGGAGAUUGUUGGUGAACCAGUAGAUACAAACCGGUUGUAUGAUGCAGUUAAUGUGAUCAUUUCGCUACAGAAUGCAGAUGGAGGCCUCGCAACAUAUGAGCUCACAAGGUCAUACCCUUGGUUGGAGGUAAUCAACCCAGCAGAAACCUUUGGCGAUAUUGUUAUCGAUUAUCCUUACGUGGAAUGUACGUCAGCUGCUAUCCAAGCAUUGAUAUCGUUUCGAAAGCUUUAUCCCGGUCAUCGGAAGAAGGACGUAGAUGAGUGCAUUGAGAAGGGGGUUAAGUUCGUUGAAUCUAUUCAAGCAGAAGAUGGCUCAUGGUAUGGAUCAUGGGGUGUUUGCUUCACGUAUGGGACGUGGUUUGGAGUGAUAGGGCUUGUAGCUGUUGGAAAAACAUUGAAAAACUCUCCACAUGUUGCCAAAGCUUGUGAAUUUCUACUGUCGAAACAACUUCCCUCAGGCGGAUGGGGAGAGAGCUAUCUUUCAUGUCAAGACAAGGUAUAUUCAAACAUUGAAGGCAAAAAGCCUCAUAUCGUCAAUACAGCAUGGGCUUUGCUGGCACUCAUUUCUGCUGGUCAAGCUGAGGUAGAUAAGAAACCACUACACCGUGCUGCAAGAUACUUGAUUAAUGCUCAAAUGGAGAAUGGUGAUUUCCCACAACAGGAAAUAAUGGGAGUGUUCAAUAGGAACUGCAUGAUAACUUACGCUGCGUAUCGAAACAUAUUCCCGAUAUGGGCAUUGGGGGAGUACCGUACGAAGGUUUUAUUGCAAUAA